CAGACAGUACCGCAGAGAGCGCAGACAGGCCUGACAGGAGCAGGCCCCGACAAAUACAAAGAGCGGAAGAAGAGCAGCACGCACGUCCAAGAAAAAUAAUCCUCCCCCUGUAGCGAGUCUGCGCCGCCCUGCUUCUCCUCCUGCCAGUGGACUACCAAUAAAUACAUUCAGGCAAAAUAACCCUUUUGUCAUAAGAGAAAGAAACGCCAUUUGCGACGGAGAUAAAUAAUUGAAAAAUGCGGCUGUCCGACUGCGCAUCCCUGGGAGUGAAUAGGGAAUUGCUGCGCCAGUGUCCCGGCUGAGAGACGGAGCCGAUCUUACCCAACGUAACCUCCCGGGCUUUAUUCCCCUUAUCCUUACACAAUAUCGCUGACAAAAAUCAUCGUUUCAAACAUGUGUGCAGGGAGACAGAAUAAAGGUUGUGCGUUGGCCAAUGCGCCCCUGCGUCGGUCCCAUCCUGCAGAAGCAUGUCCCGUCGGAAACAGAAACGACCCCAGCAGCUUAUGAGCCUGACCCUCGGUGCCUGUCGGAUACUUGAGCAUGAUGACACCUUGGCAGUGAAGUCACAAUCCUUUCCAUUUACCCUGGAUUCUCCCUUGUGCUCUCCAUCCUCCUCUCUUCAAAGCUCCCAGCUGCCCCUUGAACUUUGUUCAUCUCUCAAGGGCUCUCAGACCCCCUCACUACCCACUGAGGGUCCACCACUAUCCUGCUCACCAAGCCAGCCCUCUCACCAGCUCCUCAAAGACCCAACGCCCUCCUUCUCUCCUGACUGCCCUUACUCUACCCUGUCCUCCCAAACUCAACAUCCAUCUGCCCAUCAACUGUCUGGUCGCAAUUCUACGUCUUCUGCAAGUACCCUCAUCCACCCCUCCGGAAGUGCACACAUGGCCUCUCCCAAGUUGGGCCUGUCAGCCACUACUACCACCUCUUCUUCCUCUUCAUCAUCCUCUGCCUCCCUAUGUCCUCCACCUCAUCCUGGAAGCCCCAGUCGUGUGCCUGAGGGUCCUCCAAGUCCUGUUACUCCCACUCCCAGUCCAGGAGUGACAUCCGCCUCAGCUUCACCUUCUAGGGCCCAACUGAGUAUUGCCCUGAUCCUGGAGGAACUGCGGGUGCUGCAGCAAAGGCAGAUCCACCAGAUGCAGAUAACAGAGGAGAUCUGCAGACAGGUGCUACGCCUCGGUGGAGCCUCCUAUACUGUAGACACACCAUCCCAGCAUCUCCUUUCUCCUCUGCCUCAGCUCUGCCUGGAAGGCAGCAAAAGGGCGGCAAGCCCAAAUACACAACCAACUGUACCUCAGCCUUCCACCUCUGUUGCUCCUCUCCUGGCAUGUUUUUCCUCCCUGCUCCCUUCUCAGCCAGCCAACAAAUCCACAAAGCCAAGCAGUUCCUUGUCUCAAAUCCUGCAGCCCCAUAAGUCCCAGAUUGAGGGGAUGGGGGGUCAUAAUUAUCUGAGAGUGAGUUCUCGAUCCUCAGCUCCCUCCACCUCUUCCUCUGCUGCUAUCUCCAUGGCUUCCUCCACCUAUCCACUUGCCCUUUCUUUAGCUCUACCUAACUGCUAUCUUCAUGAAAAAUCUCCAAAUACCACUUCAGUGACUGGACACGGAGGCCGAUCCUUCCUAAAUACAUCCCUCCCCACAUCAGCAUCUAUGGUCCUGAAUUCCCAACAUUCUUUGCAGUCUGUCUCUGGAGGAGCAGAUUCUUCUUCUACAUCCAGUUCCACCACUACUGGCCGCUUCCAACAUGCCUGCCGCUUCUGUGGAAAAAUGUUCAGCAGUGACUCUUCUCUGCAGAUACAUCUACGCUCACACACAGGGGAACGACCCUACCAAUGUCCAGUGUGCCUCAGCCGCUUCACCACACGAGGCAACCUCAAGGUGCACUUCCUACGACAUCGCGAGCAAAACCCAGAACUCUCACUUUCACUCCUGCCACCUUCUUUGUUUGGGGUAGCAUUAGGGGCCACAGGGAGGUCAGAUAUGGGACAGACCAUGAGCAGUGGUAGUAGUACUAGUGGCAUAAAUAUUAUACCGAAAAAGCAAAAAAGCAGGCCUGAGGAUGAAAGUUGUGGAGAUCAUUUGGAUGUUGGUGGGAUAAGCACUGGCUUUUCUCUUGGGGCCUCUGGAGGAUCUGCCCCAUCUACGCUUCCCCUGGCCCCCAGUGUGGAUCUGGCUUUAAUUUCCCAUUCUCUCCUUCAGCUCAAUAGGGCAGCAGCUGUAGCCGCAGCGGCCUCUAUCACCUCUGGCUCAUCCCACUCAUCAUCCUCCUCUUCAGCCUCCACCUCUUCUCUGGCUACCUCCCUCCUAUCUAACCCUUCCAUGUCUUCAUCUUCCACCAUCACAGAUUUAUUCAAGAGUGCGAAGCAGCAGCACUUUGAUGAGAACACUCCCCCUCAUACACCAAUGCUCUCUCCUGCAGCCUACACCCAGCUAGCCCAUCUGCCUAAACUCCUUUUCCCAUCUGUCUCCACUUCUUCCUCUACCCCUGCUGCACACUCAUCCCUCUACAAUCAUCUAGCCUUGGGCUUGCCACGCACUCCUUUACACUCUACAUCAGCCUCCUCCCAACUUGCUUCUUCCAGCCAUUCUCACCAUUCUUUCCCUUUCUCUUCCUUUCCUAAAGUCCCAGGUCCACUCACCACCACUCCAUCCUCUCUGCCUUCCACAAUGGCUACCUCCACUCCAACAUCUGAAACCUCCAAGCUGCAGAGGCUGGUGGAGAAGCUAGAGAAGGGACCUCCUUGCUCCUCUUCUCCAUGGCCUUCUUCCUCUACUUCCUCCUCCAUGCUGGAGAUGUUAUCUAGCAGUACCACUACCUCUUCAGCAAGUCCAGCCAGCAGUCAUUUCACAAAUGCCAGCACUUCUACCACCUAUGUCAUGGCAUCUCCACCAUCGUCAACGCUUGUCUCCACUUGUGUCUCAAACUUCACCCAUGAGAUGGUUGCUGCCUUAGGCAUGAGCGCCAAUGGAGCAAGGGCCAUGGUGGGGGGCUUGCUACCAUCACUAAGCAUCACAGGUCCAGCUGGCAACCUGACAACCAAUCAGUGUGGGGUCUGUCUACGGGUGCUAAGCUGUCCCAGAGCACUACGCCUGCACCAGACUACACACCUUGGAGAACGCCCCUUUCCAUGUAAGAUAUGUGGCAGAUCCUUCUCUACCAAAGGCAGCCUUCGGUCACAUCUGGCCACCCAUCAUGCCCGACCACCCAAUGUACGUGCUCAGAACUCCUGCCCACUGUGUCAGCGAAAGUUCACAAAUGCCCUAGUGCUCCAGCACCACAUCCGUAUGCACCUUGGUGGACAGUUGCCCACGGAUGGCACAGAGGAGUCUGCACAUGAGAUACCAGCUGAAUCUAAUGCCAAAACCUUGCCACAAAUUCAAUCCCAUUCCACUGACCUAAAAACAGCCUCUAGCAAAACACCUCCUCUAGCAGGCCACUGUAAGAGCCCAGCCCCAAGCUCACAGCUUCAUUCUCCAGCAGUUGGAUCUGCUCCUGUGUCUGGCAGUAUAAAAUCAGCUGAGUUCACUAAAAAUCCCAGUAAGUCUGGGUCCUCCAGCCCAGACCUCAUCCCUCCGUCUGACCUUAGUCCUGACCCCUUCAUGAAUCCAACCACACAAACUCCACCACCGGGUAGUCUGGACCCCCCUGUCCUUUGUGUCAGUGCCCCUUUGCCAGCCUCCCAGCAGACAGACCAAGAUUCCCCAGUUGGCAAAAACAACCAAGUUGAACAACAAUCCACUGGCGAUGUUCUUCUUCCUAAAUCUAUCCCCUCCCCAGUUUCCUCCACUGUUACCAAAACGACAGUGUCAUCUAAUUCUAGGGUAGUGACCUGUGGAGAGGAUGAAGCAUCUACCUCCUCUGAUGCCUUCCUUGGCUCCAGAUCAAACCUGGAGGACUCACAAAGCACACCUGGCCUGGGUGCACCCUUUGCUUACACCUGUCCCAGUACCUCCUCUAAACCCAUACUGAGUCAAGAUGUUCUUAAUGCUGAUGCAACAUCAACCUUGGAAUCAGACCCAGUCUCCCCAAGGCCCCAGUCACCAGAACCCAUGGAACAAGGUAAUGAUCACUGUUCUCAGCCAGCAACACCAAAGGAAGACCGAGAAACUGUGCCUGAUGAGGACCCCAAAAAGAUGUGCACUCUGGAGACUCCUGACACUAUUGGUGCUGAAGUAAUGGGUGGUUCACAGAGAGCUGCCACUUUUGUAAGGGAGACACGUCAGAGCUUUCAUUUUGGUUUGUAUGGGAGGGAAGACAGGGUGGAAGCUGUCAAGAUCAGUGGAUUGGGUCCAGGUGGAGAAGUGGAUGCCUCUGCCCCCAUCAGCCUUGCCCCAACCCUUCCAUCACCAAUGUCUCGUCCUGAGAAGAAGACUUAUUGCUGUGCUGAGUGUGGAAAAGAAUAUGCAAGUCGCAGUGGACUGAAGGGGCAUAUGAAGCACCAUGGUGUGGUAAACAAAACAAUACGUACACCAGUCCGGAGUAGUCGUUCCUCCACUGAACAGCUUCCCUCUUCUACAUCCAUGACUUCCUUGAACAUUCCUGCCACCAGGAGCUCAGCUGGCUUCUGGAACCAGUACCAAGCCUUCCUUGGCACCAGUAACAAGCCAACUGAUGAUCCUACCACUGGAAACAAAGGAGAAAAUGAAUCGGCACAGUCUGCAAAAUCACCUGUUCGAUCUCAGAUGGAUCCAAGAGCCCCUGAUGAAGCAGGGGAAGAGUCUAAUGAAGGGUCACAACUUGAGUGAGCAUAAUUGGUUGGAUAAUGUUCUGGUGUUUUCAAUCAGUGUUUACCUUUUGGUGAAACUGUAUGGGCAUUUGCGUAGUACUGCUUCCUUAACAAAUUUCAGCUUGAUAGUCAGAGUUGUAUGUUUGUAUGUAAAAGUUGUGAGUCAGCCAGCUUGGUCUUGUAUUAAAAAAGAGAGAGCUAUUGUACAAAUAAAAGUGAACAUAGUAGCAGAGUUGGUCCAGUUUUUACUGGAUUUGAAAAAAAAGUGACACUACCUUUGUUUGGCCGAAGUUGUUUAUAGUUUGAUGCACAUUCUUAAAAAAGUAUCUCUGUUGUACCAAUGUUUCCUAUCAAUCAGAUCUGGUUCAAAUAAUUAUCAGUGGAUUUCUUUUACUACUUUCAAAAGAAAGAAAUAGUAUGAUUUACCGCAUUUGAAAAAAAAAAUCACACUUUCAGAUGAGUAGUCACUGGGAAUUAUGCUAAAAUAAUAAUUUGAAUUAAUCUUGGGACUCAUGUUGUGUGCCAUGUACCAAAUCUGAUCCACCUGGCACCAAAGGAGGCUCAUGCUAACCAAAAGAAAAUUUCUUUGCAAAUGCUUCCCAACCUACAAAAUAACCACAAAAUAUCCACAAAUAAAUAAUUAUUUCCUUGAGUUACAGAGGGAACUGAUAUAAGUGAAAAAAUGUGUUGUUCUGCUUACUUAAUUCACCUAACUUUGUUUUGCAAGAGCAAUCAAGGCCAACAAACUGAAUGUGCUUCUGUGAGGAAUAUUAAGUCUUUUGUCCUCCAUCUGGUUGUUCAAAUAAACUACUCACUCAUGUUAUUGUGGUUUACUUUUCACUAUAUUGUCCUGUCAAACCAGAAGCACAGCUGCAGUGUUUGUGAAUCCAGUGAGGACAUGGUCUUGUGUGUGACCUCUGACUUUCCGUUUUGUGAAAAUUAUGAAUGUUGUUUGGUCCAGAAGUAAUAUCCGUAACAUGUUUUCAGUUACUAAAACUCUCAGUUGCUACAUAUAUAUCGGAAGUCUGUGUCUGUUUGUUGUAAGUUGUACUUUCAGUAUCUCCAUAAUAAAAACCAUUUGGAAAAACAAAGCUCUUGCUCAGUCAUGUUUAAGGGAGCUAAUCAUGUUGGAACUGCUGUGUUGAAUUAUUAUUUUCCAUAAACACAGCAUGUAUGCAUGCUCAUAGGCAUUUGUGCGUCAAGUCAUACUGUGCAUGAUCCCUCAUAGUCACGUCAUUGAUCUCAGCAUUCUGCCAAGACAAUUAAAGCUCUCUCUUCUUCCAUAAACCAGGAGAAGAAAGGGAGCGGAGGAGGCCAGCUGUCUUCCUUCAGCCAUGGCUAGCACAACAGCUGAACUAAAGUAUGCGUGCACAUAAGGAUGGUUACAGGAAAAGUGUGUAUUUCAAGUCUUUAAAACAUCUGUGUGGGUACCUACUCAUCUCUGUAUGCACGAGCACACACAGCUGUAAAUAAGUGUCAUGUUCCUAGCAGCCAUCCUAUGUGAUGUGAAAUCUAUAGCUGCCAUGACC